UACCUGAAGUUGCGAAGUGCUGGUAUGAUCGGACAGUACUCCGUCGUGUACUUGUUAGAGGAAAUGGCUCCUCAUGUGAGUCGCAUCGAGAGUCAAGAGAUCCGGGAGGGUCUCGGCGGCCUCAGCGGCAACAAGGGAGCGGUGCUCAUCAAGUUUCAGCUGCUGGAAACCCGGUUGUGCUUGCUCAACGUGCACCUGGAAAGCGGCGUCGGUAAUGCAGUUGUACGAUACUGCCAACUUGUGAACAUCUUGAAACUAGGAAAAGUUUGGAAUGAGGAAAGGAACCGAUGGAAUUUUGAUGUAGUUGUGUGUGCGGGAGAUUUCAACUUUCGGCUAGCCAAGAAACGCCACCGAGCAUCCCAAAUGGGUGACGUGCGACUGCUCUCGCUUCCACCCGCCAAUGGAGUCGCAGCUGCGCAGAGUAAAAAGCUCUCCCUGGGAGGAAACAAGACACAGUCCUCUCUACCGGGAAAAACUGCAGAAGACAGCAGCCGGGAGGAUGUUGCAGAGAAGUCUGCGGGCAAAAAGCCAAUCUGUGGAACACAACUGGCGCCGCAAUCAAGUGCAAUAGCGACGACAAUAAUGACAGAUCCUGGUGUGUCUGCUUCUCCAAAAAACAUCAAGAUUGCAACGGCUGCUGAGGUGGCGGAUAUUGAGGACAGUCAUGGCGACCCCCCAGGUAGCACGCCAACGAGUUUUGAGCGUCUUUCAGAGGUCUAUGACUUGACGCGAUUCGACGUCGAGUCCGACCCGAAUGCGGGUUGUCGUCAUUCAGACUUUGUUUACAAAUACUGGAGGAGCCUUCGCAAAUUCGAUCAGUACCUCAACGAGAAAGGUAUCACAGCGCGCUUUUUCAAUGGUUUGCGACUAACCUUCCUUCAUGGCUUUUCACCGAAUUCGUGUUGUUGUAUUGUAAGACUUCUUGACGGCAUCUGAUGUAUUUCUGUAUGGAAACCCUAUGUUCGACAUUUGCAACACAUUCGCUCACAGCUAGCUUGCAAAGUCUGGACAAGCAAAGGGGACUCGGACGCCCGGGCACUGCGUCCGGACAUCAAGCGAAAAGCUAUUUGGCUCUUAAAGAGCUACCGAUUCAGUUUCCUCCGACUUACAAGCUCGAGCCAGGAACUGCACAAUUUGACAUGACCCGACAGCCCGCAUGGUGCGAUCGCAUUUUGUACGCAGGUAAAGGCGUAAAGAUCCCGUCUCUAGCGACGGCAGUGAAUUCGACGGCGCAGGAACAGGUUCUCAUGGCGCGGCAGCGAUCUCGCGACAUCACGCCGCCGCUGCGGUCAAAAUCCCGCGAGGAGCAGUCGACACAAGGUGGUCGUGAGAGAGACGGGAACGAGAAGGCUUGGGAGGGAGCGAGGGGUGCGAUAGUAGCUGGUGCGGAUUCAGCUAAUGUGGCAAUCGACGAGGCAGAAGCGGCAUCACAGCGCCUCUUCAAAUCGAGAUCAGAGCCAGGCGUGUCACAAUUGAGAAAGGUAGCUUCGACAGCAACAGCAUCAAGUAUGGUGCCAGCAAGUGAAGCGACAAGUGCGGACGCGAGCGAGACGCCAAACGGGGCCGUCGCGUCCACAGCAGACGCAUCGCGGGACCUUACCACGGAGCGAGCCACAGCGGCGUCUUCGUCGUUACCUGGCGACACCGGCGAUGUGGCAGACUCCGCGUCGUCCUCGUCCGCCGGUGAUUUUGCGCAAAGCAACACUGUGUCCGAGAACAGCGCAGCGGCUGUGCGGGCAAGAAAAAUGCAACAGCUGCAACAGCAGGGCGAGCCACUUGCGCCGAUCCUGCAUAGUCGAAAUUUCGAAGCCGCAUACAAGGGCUACACCGCGAACUUCGACUGCGCUAAAUCAGAUCACAGGCCAGUAAUUCUGGACUACGUGGAGUGCGUGUACUACGUUUUCCACGACAAGGAAAUUCAUGGGGCAUUGCUAGGUGAUGAGGACCUCGCACAGUCAUGGGAAAACGUUAGCGCAGGGGCCGACGCGGCACGGUCACCAGCUAUGCUGAGUCGCGAGGUGAGCACCCAACUUCCUGCGGUUCCUUUUGGUGGUCGCCGGCGGAGUUGUCUCGGCGAGGGUGAAGUGUCAGGGAUUGGCCCGCGCGGCACAAGUCAAGAUGGUAGUGACUUCGACCUCGUUGUCCAUGAACAGGGUCCCAUGAUACCGCAGAAUCAAGCGACCCGGCAGGCUGCAGAAGAUAGCAACACAGAACGCUCGAGUGCAGCUGAGGUUGAGCCUAUAUCUCCAGGCGGCAAGCAAUCGUAUUCGUUACAACAAGUGCAGCCAGGGGAUCGAAAUGCUGACUCGAAUCUCCCUCUCAGGAGAGAUGCGAGCACCGCUGUCGACAGCGAAAAGAACUCGACGAUGGCGAUUCCGCUAGGCUCCGCUAUUGGCGGAUCUUCAAACUUGGUGAAUAUUAGUAACCACAGUAACGAUCUCACGAAGACUGCUGCUGGCAACAUGUCGGUUCCAACCACAGGCCUGCUCGGCCAGCAAGGAGGACGAAAGGACCGCGUCGCACCUCUUUCGCUUGACGAUAGCUUGUUGUCCAUGGAGAAUACGAGCAACGGAAAUACCAGCAAUUCCGAUCCCAACGGAAAUACGCGCCCAGCGAGCCCGCAGAGUCCGCGUGACUGGGAGUACCUCGCACCUAGUCCAAUAAACAGUACCGCUGGCUCAGAUGACGCGGAGUUCGAGCUGGUCGAGUCAGCGGAGCAACAAAGAUGAAAUUUAGAGAGAUGAAUUGCUUAUCAGAUCCGCGCUCAACGCAGGAUUUUGCUCGCGCGGUAGAAAAGCCGUGGAGGUAAAACUUCGAUCGGCUGUGAAGGCCGGAAGUCAGCUGGCGCUGCUUUUCCAGAACGCCAGGAAUUUUUUGUAAGCAUAGAACAUCUAGGCUUGAUGAUGUUGAUUCUCAGGAGGUGAGGGCAUUUUCUUAUCAUGACUGUUCCUGUUCCCUGGAUCCAUUGGGAUUUCAGAGGACUUUGCUAGAGUUCACAAUAAGUAUCGCGCAUCCAUGGUAUUGAAAACGUGAGGUUUCUCAAUUGCUGUCAAUACCAAACUCGAUGAGAUGUUGUAAAAAAGCUUCCCUUGUACGUUGUUACGCAGACUGCAGAACAAGUUGCAUUGACCUGAGUUGGGAGUGUCGCGUGACUAAGUUCACCGCACAUGCGAUUGAAUCGCACUCUGUCAUUUUCUUGAAAGACUUAAGGCAUGUGCCCCUUCUUGGGGCAUUCAGCUACUUACUUAGUUUUCUGCGCUUUGUUUCGCUGUAGUACUUUUCAUUCAAACUCAUCUCUUUAGGUUACGCACAUAGAUACAACACAUUUUUUCUUGAUGAAAUCUACAAGCCGUUUGCGCUGCGUCAUCGCAAGGAUGCAGAGAGAGAGAUGACAGAACCCAUAUUAACAAGAGAUUUUUUUAUGUCACUCGGAACGGAAUGGAGCUGUGGUGAUUUUGCGCACUCUGCAGUGC